UUGAAUUGUCGCGGCGGCAUGUGCUGUAUAUGAGGUCUACUGUAUAGUUGCUAGAAUUCGCACUUGAGUUAAUAGAUUUAUAACAUAUAUUUUCAGGAUGCACGAGAGACUUCUGCCAGCCUCUCCGAACUGGUACUGUUCGCGAUGUAGUGACACUAACGCUAAUGGAAUACUUGGGUUCGGAGCAAGAAACUCAAUAUACUUAGUGCAAGUGACAGCAACAUCACCAAUUAUAUUGGGAGAAUUAGCUGGUCAUAAGGAGAGAGUGUCAGGCUUUGUUUUCAGUCCACACCCCGGAGAAGAGAGCACUUGUGCCAGUACCUCUGAUGACAGGACUGUAAAAAUCUGGGACAUUGAGAAGAAGGUCGUGAUUUCAGAGCAUAGCGCCCAUGAACACACGAUCACAGCGCUGGACUGGUCGCGGCAGGAGAGGACCCUGGUGGUGACGGGUGAUGAGAAGGGGGUGGUCAUGUGCUUCUGGCACAACACCAUCAACAUCCACAGCUUCAUGCCACAGCCCCGCGCCAUCUUCUGCCUGACCUGCUCGCCCCACAACGAUAACCACGUCGCCAUCGGGUACAAAGACGGGCUGGUGGCUGUGAUUGACAUCAGCAAAAAAGGCGCUAUGCUCCAUCGGCUCCGGGGGCACGACGAUGAAAUCCAUGCCCUGGUCUGGUGUCCCCGGCCUGGGGAGGAGGGCCUGUACAGCCGGCCGGAGGAUGGGGGAGACGCUGGAGGUGCAGUGGUGGCUGAGGCAGGUGAUGCUGGCUGCUACCUGGCCUCAGGUAGUAAAGACCAGACCGUGCGAAUCUGGAGCACAGCCAAGGGCAAAGCCGUCGUGACCUUGAAGCUGCCCUUCCUGAAGAGGCGGGGAGCGACGGUGGACCCUGGCGUGAAGGAGAGGAUCUGGCUGACCGUCCACUGGCCCAAGGGCAUGCCUACUCAUGUGGUGUCCAGCUGCUUUGGAGGGGAGCUGGUGUUGUGGGACCUCACCAAAUCGGACAAGCAGAGGUGGACUCUACUGGGCUCGUCAGCAGACGGUCAGAACCAUAGCCGGAUCAUCUUCAACCUGUCCUCCACCGUGGUGGACGGCACCGAGUUCCUGAUCAGCACCUCCAUGGACAGAGAGAUAAAGUGCUGGAGCCUGUCGACGCUGGAGUGCAGCUGGUCCCUCCCCACCCUGGGGGGGUUUGUGUACGCGCUCAGCUUCUCGCCGGUGGCCUCGGGCCUACUGGCCGUGGGGGUUGGGGACAACAUGAUCCGUGUGUGGAACACCCUCUCUCUGCAGAGGAAGUACGACACACGGCUCUUCUGGCAGGGCAUCAGGUCCAAAGUGACCGCGCUUGCCUGGCAUCCCUCUAAGGAAGCUCAUCUGGCCUUUGGAACAGACGAUGGAAAAGUGGGUGUUUACGACGUUUUCUCAAACAAACCACCCCAGAGCUCCAGCACGUACCACAAGAAGACUGUGUACACGCUGGCCUGGGGGCCACCCAUCCCUCCGCUCAGUUUCGGUGGUGGUGAUAAGCCCUCGAACAGCCUGUACAGCUGUGGAGGGGAGGGGGUCAUAUUCCAGCACGACCCCUGGAAGCUCUCAGGAGACGCCUCCAACAUAGACAAGCUCAUCUGCGACACCAACCAGAUCAAGCACAAACUAUCACCUCAUACCGAUUUCAGCUGGAAGCCAGAUGGGAAAGUACUGGCCAUUGGGAAUGAGGAUGGCUCUAUCGGGGUGUUUGCGGCGCCCAGUCUGAAGCAGCUGUGCAGUGUGGAGCAGCAUCACAAGAUCAUCAACACCCUGCGCUGGCACCACGCCCACGGCUCCUCCCCCGACCUGCACGCCCUGCUGGCGUCCGGCUCCAGCAACGCCGUCGUCUAUGUGCACAACCUCCGCAACGCCAUCGAGAGCCCGAGUGAGAGCCCAGUGUCCAUUACAGAGGCCUUCAGGAGUCUGGAGGGCCACACCGCUAAGAUCACCAGCCUGGACUGGAGCCCUCACCACGACGCACGCCUGGUCACCGUGUGCUAUGACGGCACCGCACAGGUCUGGGACGUGAUGAAGGAUGAGCCAGUGAGUAACUACCGGGGCCAUAGAGGUCGCCUGCUGUGUGUCCAGUGGUCGUCCGUGGACCCCGAGCUGGUGUGGACUGGAGGAGACGACUUCACCGCCCACGAGUGGAGAGUGUCCAAACAGGAACACACCAAACCCCCGAAAGGGAAGCGAGCUCAGCAGUUCAAGGCCAAGCUGAAGAAGAAGAAGAAAGGAACAGGAAAGGGGAUGAGGAUCGAGGACAACGAGGAGGAGAGAGGAGGGGGAGGAGAGGAGGAGGAGGAGAAAGGGAUUAAGACCACUACAGUAGUCGCGAAGGUGGAGAGGAAGGAAUCGGCGAUCGGCCCGUCCAGCAACGGGGAGGCGGAGGAUGAGGAGGAGGAGAGGGGCAGUGUGAGCACCCCGCUGACCCCAGCGGUCCCAGAGUGGCGCCGAGGCUCCAGCCAGGCGUAUGCGUCGACCUUCAUCACCCCCGACAGGCUGCAGAACGGAGAGAAGGCCGCAGGGCCCACCAGGAUGGACGACAAGAGGAAGGACAAGCCAGAGUCGUCUUUGAAGAGAAAGAAACAGCGCUCACUGUUACCUCUAAGCACCUCCAUGGAUCACAGACCAAAAGAUGACCUGCUCAGGGACUGUGUUACUCUAGCCUCAUGUAGACACGCAAGAGAUGAGGUUGCCCAUUGUGUGCCUGGCUCAGGGGAGCACAUCCAGUUCGGCCUCUUCUCAGACAGGGAGGCCCUGCACAGGAUGCUUGAUGAGGAAGAGAGGGGCCAUUUGGAGGGAGGCCACUAUGAGUCCAUGUUUAAUCUGCGGCUGUGGAGGGGACAGGAGGCGGAGGCCCUGAAGCUGGCCAUGGAGAAGGGCGAGCUCAACGAUUACCUCAUCUCUCUGGCUCCCAUGGCGGGCUUCCGCGUGUGGUAUGAGGCGGUGGAGGCGUACGUGAAGCAGCUGAGCCGUCAGGACCAGCACCUGAAGGCUGCCGCUUACCUGCUCUCCAUUGGCAAGUUCUACGAUGCCAUCAGCCUUCUCAAAACUCACCACUUCUAUAGGGAGGCCAUAGCCAUGGCCAAAGCAAGGCUGAGGCUAGACGAUCCUGUCCUGGUGGACCUCUACAUGGUCUGGGCCGAGCAGCUGGAAAAGGAUGGGCACUACACUGCAGGAGCCAAAUGUUAUUUAGCCGUGGGUCGUGACUUUGAUGCGGCGAAGAUCAUCGGGCGAAAGGGUGACGUGGCGUCUCUGCGGGCGGCAGCCGUACUGGCCCGGGUCAGCGGGCACCGGGAGCUGUCGCGUUCGUUCUCCCUGAGGUGCGCCAAGGACCUGGCGGCGGCACAGGACUGGCGAGGGGCACAGGAAGUGCUCCUGGACGAGAGCCUGCUCACGCACUGUCUGCUGUUCAGCGUCAAUGAGAUGCUGGUGAUGCGGCUCUCGCAGGUGGGCGUGGUCACCUGGGCCUCUGCCUCCACACACGAUUGGUCCGCUCCCUGUGCCGAUGAAUUCCUGACGGCGGUGGAGGGCGUGUGGCAGCGGGAGUUUGGCGUGUCCACCAGCACCCCUGACCGCCUCCGGGCAGCCCAGGAGGAACUGGCCGGGAUGGAGAACCCCUCGACCACUGCCAACGUCCCCCUCAAACAGCUCCUGUCCCAGGUGGCGUUGGAUGUGGCCCAGGGCGUGCUGAGCUGGCGUCUGGGUGGCGGCGCCGGCGCUCUAGAGCAUUUCCUGCACGCUGUGGUCCGCGGCUCUGAGGCGGCCAGUUUCACCGUGAUGUCAGAGACGUGUGCUCUCCUCUUCCCGCAAGGGCUGAAGUCUCUGAGUGUGUACCAGAGUGCCCUGGACUCCAGUAAUGCUGAGACGUCAGCAGUGUGUGGGAGUCUGGAGGCGUUCAUAUGCUACCAGCAACUCUACACAACAUGGUGGGCCUGCUCCUGCUCCUGCUCUCCGCAGAGCUCUGUGCUGCCCGCUGCCAGAGACUCGGAGGACCAGAGUGACCCUCCCGAAACGAGCCUCAACGGACUCCAGCAGGAGGGCUCUGGAGAAGGCAGAGCGGCCGUUACGAACGGGUCCGCGAGCCCAGACUCCGGGGCAGGGGACCGGGAGGAGGGGCCGCACGGGGUUCUGCUGGCGGCGGCCGGACGGAGGGUUCUGUCCGAGCCUCACGCCACGCUGCAGGCCAGCCGGCGGGCCGUGGACGAGGUCCAGAGGAGGGUCAGCUACCUGGUGCAGAGGCACAGCUGUGUGCAGGAGGCAGAGCCCGGCGCAGAACCGCAAGCAGAACCGCCCUCACCUGAGCAGCACCAAGAGCCCAGCUCUGAAACAGAGUCGCUGCCCUCCCUGAUAGCAUCCAUGGCAGAACACCACAAAGCUAUAGCGGAGAUGCCUGAACAUCUCAAAAAAUACCCAUUCCCAAAUGUCCUGGAGUGUUGCAUGGUGAUCGUACAUCUUAGCAGGAGCGCCAGGUUACCUCCCAGACACCCAACGACGACUGAAGCACUUUCUUUAUUACAAAAGUAUGGAGCCUCACUCCAGCGAGCCUGGCAGAGGUUUACUUAGCCGCAUUCUUAUUUAAAGUCUUCAAAUUCGAUCUUUCUAUAUGCACGUCAGGAUUUUUGUAACAUUGUUUUUUUCCCAAUUUGACAGAGACAUAUUACUGUAAUAAUUACUCAAUAAAACAUUACUGCAAAUAA